AUGCGCCUCUCUGAGUCCACCCUGCUUCUGGUCACUCUCUCAGUACCAUUGGUAGCUGCAGAACGUAUACUUGGUGCCUACAUCUUCGCACGUCAUGGAGAUCGCACACCCAAGGUCUUUGGUAGUACCCAAUUGACUGAUCUGGGAUAUCGUGAGGUAUUUCAAACCGGUACUUUCUAUCACAACCGCUACAUUCUGAACAGUUCAGACCAUAAGAUUGAGGGCAUUAGCGAGUAUGUAGUCAAGGCAAAGCAAGUCAACGCCAGUGCUCCCUCCGACGCAGUGCUGCAGAACUCAGCCACUGGCUUUCUGCAGGGUGUCUAUCCACCAGUCGGCUCCAAGGCCAUACAGACCCUGGGCAAUGGAACAACUGUUGAAUCACCACUGGGUGGCUACCAGCUCAUCCAGAUAUCCUCCAUCUCCUCCGGUUCUAACAGCGAGUCCUCUGCUUGGCUACAGGGAUCCACGGGCUGUGAUAAGGCCACCAUCAGUAGUAACAACUACUAUGAUACCGCCUCGUAUAAAGCACUGCUCAAUUCCACAGAGCCUUUCUACAAGUCAAUUUCGCCCACAUUGAGCAAGGCCUUCACUUCCUCGCAAAUGACUUUCGAGAAUGCCUACUCCAUCUUCGACUACCUGAACGUGGCCCGUAUCCAUAACGCGAGUUCGAAUACUGCCAACAUCACGGACGCAGAUUGGCUGCAGUUAAUCUCACUGGCCGGCGUUCACGAGUACAACCUCGCAUACAAUGCAUCAGACAAGGUACGCGCCAUCGCCGGUGCUGUAUUAUCUGGGCAGAUGUGGACGAACCUCAAUGCAAAUAUUGCUUCUAAUGGCACUAAGAACAAGCUGAAUGUUCAAUUCGGCUCAUACGGCACCUUUUUCUCAUGGGUUGGAUUGAUGCAGCUGCCUGCUGCAUUUACCAAUUUCACCAGUAUUCCAGACUAUGCGUCAUCCAUGGUCUUGGAGCUGGUGACCAAUGCUACAGGGACAACCUUCCCAUCGAGCAAUGAUAUCAAUGUGCGGUUCUCCUUCCGCAAUGGAAGUAUGGGCAGCUCUGACGAGCUCACUGUUUAUCCUCUAUUCAACCAGUCUAGCACAUCUCUUCCCUGGUCGAACUUCACAGCUCUGACCAAGGAGGUUGCUGUUCUAUCUACUUCGGACUGGUGCAAUCAGUGCGGUAAUACGGAUGGGAGCUGUGCCACAACAUCUUCCGCCAUAUCUACCUCUUCUUCGAAAUCAUCUAGCUCAGGUGGUAUGCCGCUUGCCGUGGCUGGUGUCAUUGGUGCUAUGGUGACGCUCGCUAUACUCGUUGGCUUGGAGGCUCUGAUCUUCUUAGUCUGUGGAUUGCGGGUUGCUAAGCGGAGCAAAGCAGCCAGAGUUUGUCCUACAAUCGGCAAUCCUACUGAUUUGAAAGUUACGAAAUCGUAG